AUGGUAUCAGAGCAGUUCAUUCCUAUAGAGCCUGAAAGACGGACUGAUUGUGCUUCUAUGCAUGCUCUGGACCAGAUGUCGACUCGCGGACGCGGUCGCGGGCGAGGUAGAGGUAGGACAGGCACCGUUACUCCUGCUCCCAUAGGGACUGAUCCAGUAGACUUUAUGGCUGCCCUGGGAAAUAUGGCUGCAGCUAUGCAGGCAACAGCUGAGGCAUUGGGUAAUCAGAUAAAUCAGGGUAAUCAUGGGAACAAUAAUGAUGAGGACGGUCCUAUGACUCUUGCUUUAUUUCUGAAAGUUCACCCUCCAACCUUUAGGGGAACCUCAAAUCCCACUGAUGUAGAUAAUUGGAUUCAGGCUAUGGAAAGGGCAUUACAGGCACAACAGGUUCCUGAAGAGCAAUGGGUUAAAUUUGGAACUUAUCAGUUGCAAGGUGAAGCUCAGUAUUGGUGGCAGGGAACACGACGUAUCCUGCAGCCUGAUGGUGCUGCGAUUCCUUGGGAGGUUUUCCGGACAGAGUUCUAUAAGAAAUACUUUCCUAAUUCAGCCAGAAAUGCCAAGGAACUUGAAUUAAUGCAGUUACAACAGGGACAGAUGACUGUUGCUGAGUAUACUAGUAAGUUUGAGGAGUUAUGUUGCUUUUCUCGUAUCUGUCAAGGUGCGCCUGAAGAUUUUGCCGAAUGGAAAUGUAUUAAAUAUGAGGGAGGUCUUCGAAGUGAUAUUCUGAGCUUCGUUGCCCCAAUGGAGAUCAGGGUAUUUUCUGAAUUGGUGAAUAAGAGUAGGGUGGCUGAGGAUUGUGUGAGGAAGGCGGCAGCAGAGAAAGGAAGUUUGAGGGUGCCUUUUCAGAGACCUUCAGGAAGGAACUUUGCUCCGAGAGGUAGGAAUUUCAAGCGUGGAGGUUCUAUUCCGCAGCAGACUCAGGGUCAAGGUAAUUAUAGAAGGCCGAAUACUAAUGCUAGUCAAGGAAAAAGGUUUGGAAAGCAGCCACAGCAAGAUCUAAAUUGUCAGAAGUGCGGAAAGUAUCAUCCUGGAGUUCCGUGCAGACUAGGACUUGGAGUGUGCUAUUCCUGUGGACAGCCUGGGCAUAUAGCCAGUAAUUGCCCUGAGAAGAAGAAGUAUGAGACUGGUAGGGUGCAGCAGCCGGGGAGAGUAUACACCACUUCUACCAUAGGUGCUGAGGGAUCUGAGACACUGAUUAGAGGUAAUUGUGAAAUGGCUGGUAAAAUCUUAAAUGCUUUAUUUGAUUCAGGAGCAAGUCAUUCAUUUAUUGCAUUUGAAAAGGCCCAUGAAUUAGGAUUGAGAAUGGUGGUUUUAGGUUAUGAUUUGAAAGUAUAUAAUGCUACUCAUGAAGCUAUGGUGACUAGGAUAGAAUGUCCACAAGUUUCCUUUCGAGUACAACAGCAUGAAUUUGUGCAUGAUUUGAUUUUCAGUACAGUUUAUGCCAGAAGGGUCAGAAGCACCAGUUGUAGUGAAUAG